AUGGGAAUAGGUCCAUGUACCGCUGCUGGAUGCGGUGUGGGUUACGCGUGCGACAAUGAUGCGACGAACCCACAAUGCUGUCCAGUCGUCAACUAUCAGGAUCCACAAUUCCAAAUCGGACCAGCUGUCUCAGGAAUGUGCCCCGUUGGUUACGUGGCCGUGUAUCCACCGUCCAGUGCCAAUGCAGACGGAACCAACGACGGUGUAUGUGUGGAUCUUCAAACUGUGCCGAAUCUGUGUGCAGCCGCCGUGCAGGCUGGCCCUUGCACUAAUGGAGCUUGUCAGACGGGAUACACUUGUAAUACGUACGCUGACAUUUGCUGUCCGACAACGACGGCCUUCUCACGACUCAACAAGCGGCCCAACUAUGGACGACCGCUUCACACUCGUGCGAAUUUAUGCAGUGACGGUUCGAAACCGGCUGGCGGUUGUAUAAACGGUCUAUGUGGCGUCGGUCAUGAGUGUCAGAACGGUCUGUGUUGUCCGCCUGCUCAGCGUCAUGGAUCAAAUCUGAAAAGCAUGUGUCCGAACGGUGAACUCGCAGUUAGUGGCUGUUUCGCCAACGGCCGAUGUGGUGCCGAGUUCGAGUGCGUUUCGAGUCUCGGCCUUUGCUGUCCGCCCGGCGGAAAUGAUGUCGUCGUACCAUCUUCGCAACAUACCAUUCGUCCAAUCGGCGGACGAUGCUUCAUCGAUGCGGAAUGUGUGGGGAACGCGGAAGGAUUGUCGUUGUGCCAUGCGGGCGUCUGUCAAUGCUCACCUAUAGCGUACACUCAAGGCAUUGCAUGUGUUCGACGUAAACACCUGAAAAUGAAUGAUUCACCAAUGGAGGACGAGGAGAAGAAAGAGAAGACGUCAUUGAUUGUUUAA